AUGAGUUCCAACUAUCUUGCGGAACCACAAGAUCUCGAACGGAGGCUCACCAAUAUGGCAGCCAUCCUUCGAGAGCGAGACGAAGAAAUCAAUUCGCUGAAGCAAAAGCUAGAGACGAAAGGGCGGGGUCCAAAGAGCCCCAAAAAGACUGGUUCUCUAAAGAUAAAACGAGGCUCCCUCACCAGAAGCAAGAAGGAGGAGCAUGCAAUUUCUGAUGACUCCACCUCUGGAAGAAGACGACGGGGAUCUAUCGAUGCGGAUGAUACUUCUAAUUUAUCCGGUGAUGAGGGGACCAUGUCGUCGAUGGCGAGGUCAAUGAUCGGCAAACAGUCCUUCAGCCACAAUAGCAUCAUGAAACCUGUUGGCAAGGCUGUUAGAGGCAGUGUCGGCAUUCUAGACUACACAGUAGAUAUUGGACGCAAGGCGGGUAAAGUGGUCCUCAAGUCUACUGGUAAGACUGGAGCAAAAGUCGGAAGGAUGCUUGGGUUCAAGACUGAGCGUCGUAAACGCUUGUCCACUGUCAAGGCAAAGAACGCACUUACAAAAUGGGAUAACGCAGUGGAAAUCAUUGAUCAGCUCUUGGAAGAUGAUGGAAAUGGUCUGGAUGCGGAAGAAAAGAAUGGGUUGAGGGACAUUCAAGAUCUCCUUCUCCGUGGGAUGGAGAAUGAGGUGGAGAAGACCUACCACAUUCCCAUCAAUUUGCUCGAAGAUAGCAAUGGCUCGCAAAGACUCUCGCUUUCCGCCAAGUCCUACGUCCUGAAAGAGUAUGGUGGUAUCACUAAGCGAGCGCCACGACCAGCCUUGAUCCGACAAGAUGGUGUUCGAAGCUCGGCAACACGAACCUUGAGUGUCGAAGAGGAUUGGGAUGUUUCCAUUCCAACCGAGUACGUCAACUUGGAGAGGGAGCAAAGGUGCAAGAUCUUUGAAAUGCUUAAGUGGGAGAACUUGAAGAAAUGGGAGUUUGAUAUCUUUGCGCUCAACGAAGCAUCCGAUGGUCACCCACUGGUGAUGAUGGGUUGGGCAGUUCUUGGGGCUCCUCACGCACAACGAGCCAUGGCCCAGUCUUGUGAUCUCUUGGGAGAUUGCAAUGAUGAUGAGUUCCUACAGGGAUACAACUUUGUCGAAUCCGAGAUGAAGAUUCCCAUGGACAAGCUUUGUCUCUACUUACGCUUGGUGGAGGACAAUUAUCGGGAGAACCCAUACCACAAUGCGGUACACGCAGCAGAUGUGGUUCAAACUCUCAAUGCUCUGAUCCAGAUGGCCGGAACCGAAAUCAAAGCCUCUGAUGAAGAGCUCUUCUCCAUUCUUUUGGCUGCAGUUGUUCACGAUGUCGACCAUCCAGGAUUGAACAAUAGCUACCAGGUGACGGCACGGACCAACUUGUCACUACAAUACAACGAUAUUUCGGUGCUCGAGAAUUAUCACGCUUCAAAGGCAUUCACAAUGAUGAUCAAGUCGUCACCUUUUGGAGACGUACAGCCCGAAAAAUUGGUUCGAUCAGAGUCUGUGAACCUUGGCACAGAGAGUGACUUUGAUAUCUUGUGCAACUUGGAUAGUGAGCAGUAUGCGGCAAUCAAGAGCAAAACCAUCGACGCUAUUCUUCAUACGGACAUGAAACUUCAUUUCCAAACGGUCAGCAAGAUCAAGGGGGUGAUCAUAAACGAGGAAAAACAAGGCGAAGCUGAUACAAUGUGGGAUAUAUUGACGUUCAUGCUGCACAUGGCGGACAUUUCCAAUGCUGGCAAGCCCGGGGAACUUUCUCGCCAGUGGACAGAGCGAUGUCUGGAAGAGUUCUUCGAGCAGGGAGACCAGGAGAAAAAGCUGGGAAUGGAACCGAGUCCACAGUGCGAUCGAGACACUGUCUCCAGACCAGACUCACAAAUUGGUUUUAUUCAGUUCGUCGUGUUACCAGCUUACGAAGUUCUUGCAUGUAUUAUUCCGGAGCUGAAGACUGUUGCCAUUCCGCAACUGGAACAAAACCGAAGGUAUUGGGAAGGGGAAGCCAUGAUGGUGGAAGAGGAAGAUAGUACUAUAUCUCCAAACACCGAACAUGAGCAUUCCAUUACGGAGUCGACUGAUGAUUUCUCCCUGGAAGGAGAACGAUAA